AUGGAGAAGUAUUUUGGGAACGCGUACAGAGGAGACCCGGGGGUCCCACAUGCCGACCCGGAACGCUUUGUGAACAUAUGGAUCGGGUCCGCUGCCUUCUCUGCGCUCACUUGGGUCAACCCCUACAUGUGGCAGCUCUCCAAUCAGUUCAACUGGCAUGACAAAGCAAUGUGCUUUGAGCAGUAUCACUGGAAGAAGGCCAUGAAGAAAGGGGAGCCCUACAAAUUUAAGUACAUGGACAAGGAUCUCAGAGAUUCCUACUAUUUCAACUGGCCUGUUUAUUUCCCUUAG